AUGUUCCCGAACCUUACGUUACUACAGAUCGCACUUGUCGCUCUCACCACCGUGUCCUGCGAAGUCGCCAGGGACAGACGAGGAAGGCGGAAGAACGACGAACCUGACAAAGCUUUAUGGAAGAAAGUUUAUGAGGACGAACUGAAUGACGCCAUGCUGUCAACCAGGAAGCGGGAGAACCACACGCGGGCGGUGCAAAGCUCCGCGCAGAAUGACAACGAAGCUGUCUUGGAAAAGCUCAUGGAAAGCAUCACUUCCAGUGAAAAAUAUCUCAAAAAAGUUGAUAGCAUAGAAUUUCGGCUCAACAGGCUGGACAUUGAAGUUCACGAGAAGACAAAUGCAAUUCUGAAGGUUCUCACCGAGAUUUCGAAAGCUCUUCGUAGUGAAACAGCUUGUGCUCAGAAGAUGGAGACCAGUCUGAUGUCACUGAAGUCUGACGUGAAUUCCAUCAAGUUCUAUGUGGAGAAGGUUCCUAUGCAGCGAACUGGUGUGUCAAGUCCAUUAGCAGAGAGUGCAGAGUACCGCAUGGACCCCAACCUGGACUCGCGACUCACGAUCAUGGAGAAUCAUCUGAAGACCAUCCAGGGUGGAGUGGACUCCAUAGUGACCACUAUAUCAGAGGUCAAGAACAGACAGUACGCGAGAACGUUCCCCACUAAGCUAGACAGCGCAGCAGACGGCAUGUCCCUGAUCACAGAGUUUAGGAAGACUCUUCGAGAACAGAAAGGGAAGAAAUGCGAGUGCAGUGUUAACAGGAGUGGCAGGGUGGACCGGUCAGAGCGUUACCCCACAGACUGCCACGAGAUCCAGGUGCAGGGCUUCAACGUGUCAGGCAUCUACAAGAUACGACCCGACGACAUGGAACCGUUCUACGUGCUCUGCGACUUAACCACUGCGGGAGGAGGCUGGACGGUGUUCCAAAACCGUUUCGACGGUUCCCAAGACUUCUACAAGGGCUGGUCAGAUUACGAGUACGGUUUUGGUAAUCUCGCUGGAGAAUUCUGGCUUGGGUUGGAAAAGCUGAACUACUUGACUAAUCAGAAGCUGUACGAGUUGAGGAUAGAGAUGGAAACACAGCACGACCAGGACGCGUAUGCUGGGUACUCCGUGUUCACUGUGGGUCCUGAACAUGAGGGUUACAGGAUCAGCACGUUGGGCACUUUCUAUGGAACUGCAGGCGACUCGCUAUCGUAUCACGCUGGUCAAAAGUUCUCCACUUACGACGUUGACAAUGAUGAAUGGAAAGACGGUGCCUGUGCAACUGAACACGGCGGAGCUUGGUGGUACAAAGAAUGUGAUAAAAGUAAUCUAAACGGAAAAUAUUCAAUGUCGACUGAUGAAAACCGAGGACAAUCUAUAUAUUGGAUAUCGUUCAAGGGUCCUAAUUUCCCGCUGACGAAGACCAAAAUGAUGAUCAGACCGCUGCCGGCUAGCAAACCUAUAGAUUACAUGGACCCCGGCAGGAAAAUUGUAGAAAGUCCGGAAUUGAGACCCCUUCCUGAGAAACUGAGAAAGGUACCCAAAAAGGGGGGUUUGCGCACACUGAGUGAGAAGGGCAGGUACGACCUGGUCCCCAACAGCAGUCAGUACAGGUAUGACGACACCGCGGAGGCCUACUUCCCCAACUACACGUGAGCGGCGCUGACACUGAAGACCUCCCGGACCCUCGGACCUCUGCCGACCCAGCGCGUGACAUUCAUGAGGACUUCGUUGAUUAGUUAUUAAAUUGCCCAUCGUAUGAAAUUAACUCCGCUUCGUAUAUACCAAAACAUAUACUUAGCAGAGUUUAGAUGAACACGAUUUUUCCCAAAUAGGAAUAGGCAUUCCCAAAUAAAAUAAAAAUGAAAAAAGGCAUCGUCUAGACACUGUUGUCGGCGCUAAAAAUAGUCUUCAUCUAAACUCAGCAUAGCAUCGCCUACCGGACUUUCGAUCAAAUUAAAUUUUAGUUGGUCAGGCGUUGGAAAGUAGCGCCCUACAAAAUGCUAAGUUAAGCAAGAAAAAUAGCCAAUUUAAGCCUUUUGAAAUGCAAAUGAAUGCUUAUUUAAGUACCUACUGGUGUUUAUGAUUUUUUAUCUAUAGUUCAGUUGGGAUCUUGUAUCAAGCGGUAUGAUAGGUGUGAAUUGAACUGUGAUCGAGAUUACUUUAUCUUUAUAUUUGUUAUCAUUAUCACCCACGUUCCAUUAUCUAUACCUAUUUAAGUUCGAACCUACUAAGGUUAUCAAUAGGCUUAUUACGCUAGUAAAUUCUUCGUCAAUCGUAAAUAAAAAAAAAUGUGUACGGCCAAAUAAACACACAUUUGCAAAAAUGCGUUUUAGAAUCCUGACAAAGUUACUUAUUUUUAGAUUUUGUUUUUUUUUUUUAUUACGGAUAUACGGCAUCAGGAUUACACCAACAAUUUUUCGGUUUUAUAGUUGUCUAUCAACGCCAUUUAUUGUGAAUACUUCAACUGCUGGAGGAAAAUUCAAAUAAUUAUGUAAAAAUCAUCAAAAGCCUUUUAUUUUGAAUUUGCCUUUAUCAGUCGAAGCGUUCACCUUAAUGAAGACCGAUUUGUUUUUUUAUUUCACCAAAAAUAAAUGACGUUGUCGUCAUUUUCAACCUUAUAUAACAAUAGCGGAAGGUUAAUGUGCAUAUUCGAUUACUUUUGAAACACACACUUCCCAGUGUAGAUCCUGACCGGACUAGUAAAUAUCUAUUAUAUAAAAUAUGUAUAUUAUAUAAAGUUUGCAGACUUUUUGGUAACUGUAUAUUUUUGUAUAAAUGACUCGUUGCGGUGUAAUGUCGUUAUUUUUGUAUUUUCAAGAAUGAAGGGACUCAGAAAAUCUUACAUAAGUAUUGUUGGUAUAAUAGCUUUUAUAUAUAAUUUAAGUUUUCGGUUUAGCUUGUUAUGUAUGCAUACAUUGCAUAGCUUUUUUCAAUUUUCUUGUAUACGAAGUCGAGAAAGUUUAAGCUAUCAUUGAACAUGGAAAUAGGACUAGAAUGUUACUUAUUUAUAUUUGAUUCUAAAGCAGUUUGUCUGCUUGAUCGAGCAUCUCAUGUUGAUCUGUAGAGUGCCACAAACUGCUGGAUGAAUGAC